UUAUCAGUUGUUUUGAGGAAAAUAUUUAAUAAAUAAAUGAAACAAUAAUUUCAUGAAAUAUUAAUUGAUUUGUUGUCUCAUUGCAUGCCAUUCAAUGUCCACCGCUUUGAUGGCUCUCUCGCGACACUACUGUCUGUCCAAAUCAGUGACACAAUUGUUGAGACGAGUGGUCAACACAAAAGGCCAACACAUGACAUCCCGUCCGUCAUCUGAUUUGUCGGCCUUUCGCGACAUAUUCAGCAAAAGCCAACAUAUCGUUGCACUGACCGGUGCCGGCAUUAGUGCCGAGAGUGGUGUUCCCACAUUCAGAGGUUCGGGUGGUCUAUGGCGAACAUAUAAAGCACAAGAGUUGGCCACUCCCGAGGCAUUUGCAUCUAACCCAUCACUUGUUUGGGAAUUUUACUCUUAUAGACGGGAAUUAGUUCAGACGAAAAUACCAAACGAGGCGCACACGGCUUUGGCUGAAACAGAGAAAAGACUGGCCAAUGAAGGCAAGAGACUUGUAGUCAUCACUCAAAACAUCGAUGAAUUACACCGAAGAGCGGGCAGUGAUAAUGUCAUUGAAUUACACGGAACUCUCUUCAAGACUCAGUGUACCAAAUGUGGUGAUGUGACCGUAAACCGCAACUCACCGAUAGUACCGGCGCUUAAAGAUAAAGGCAAUCCCGAUCCUAAUGCUAUGGACUCGAAGAUUCCGAUCAAGGAAUUACCGCAUUGCGGCAAAUGUAAUGGUUUGCUGAGACCAUAUGUCGUCUGGUUUGGGGAACCGCUCGACCCGAAUGUGUUAGAGGCGGCACAAACUGAACUCGACAAAUGUGAUCUCUGUCUUGUUAUCGGUACCUCAUCUAUCGUAUAUCCGGCAGCAAUGUUUGCACCACAAGUUGCCUCACGAGGAGUACCGGUGGCGGAGUUCAAUAUUGAAAGCACUCAAAGUACCAAUCAAUUUGGAUUCCACUUUCAGGGCGGCUGUGGAACAACUCUUCCACCGGCCAUCAAAGCGUUGGCCAAUAACUGAAUCGAUUAUUAUUAAAAAUAUAAUCGUAUAUACCGUAAAUUAAAACCAAUC